GUAACCGCCUGGUAUAAUAUAUAUAUUUUCUUGGAGAAAAGGAAAUGUAAGCAACUCCGGUUUAUACACAUGUAAGCAAAAAAUUUCUCAAAAUAGUGUUUUUGUGUGUUUACUAUUAACACAAUAGUAUUUUAUUUCUCCCCAUUGUUCGUAGGGCAUCCUAAAUCAUCAUCGGCGACUUCGUCGUGCUCCUCACUCAGCCGCCAUCGCUGUUCUCUCUCCCCCCAAAUCUUAUCCAUUCUUGAGUUUGCACUGAUAGGCUGCAAUGGUGAGGGCAUACUCACAAGAGCACACUUACAGACACCCGUGGGAGAGGGUGACUACUGCAUCUUGGCGCAAGUUUGCUGACCCUGAAAACAAGCAUACACUGUCUCACAUCCUUGAAGUGGACACACUGAACCAAAAAGUUGACCCUCAUACAGGGAAAUUGCAUACAACUCGAGCCUUGACCAUCCAUACUCCUGGGCCUUGGUUCCUUCGCAGAAUCAUUGGUCAAGAGAUUUGCCACUGUGUUGAAUCCACAGUUGUUGAUGCUGCUUCCCGGUCCAUGCAACUGUCUACUCGGAAUAUUAGUCUUCAAAAGUUUGUUGAGGUGGAAGAGAAAAUCCGUUAUGAACCCCAUCCUGAGAACCCCACAGAUUGGACAAUCUGCAAGCAGGAGACCAGCAUUCGCAUUAAACCAUUGUCAGCACUGGCAUCGAUGGCAGAGAAGAUUGAACAGAAAUGUGUGGAUAAGUUCCAACAGAAUAGUGCCAAAGGUAGGGAAGUAAUGGAGAGGAUCUGUAAGUAUCUUGAAGCUGAAUCUAGGGGGAUCUCGAUUUAAGUAGCUCAUCUGUAGAAUGUGUAGUGUUUCCUAGUAUUUCCAGUUGUACCUCUUGAGAGCAAAAAUGUAUUAACCGAUGAGUCUAGUGGCAGGAAGUUUGGGAUAGAGCCUUGCCUCAGCUCAUAGAAUGUAGCUGUAAUAAAGUGAAUUAUACUAGUUCUGUCCUUAAGCCUUCGUUUUCAGAGUGGCUGAGUUUUUUGUUGAAAACAUGAAAACUUGGAUGAUCUGAAGUUUCUCGUGAAAUGCUUUGUUGUUUCUCUAGAAUAUGAAAAUGCCCGUCUUGAUCAAACUAGUUUAACAUGUGAGAUCCUUAGGAUGAUGAUCAUGUUGUGUUUUGCUUGGUUUGAGAUUUUGAACCUUUGAGUUAAGUGAAUUUUGAGAUGCAUCGGAAUGAAUAGUGGGAGCAGUGUCAUGUGAUCAUGUAUAAUGGAUGUGAUGAGCAUAACUACAC